UCUUGAGCCCAACGACCCUAGCGUAUGAACCUUCCGACUGCACGAGUACUUCGGGUUCCCGCUGACCCCAUCGUAGGAUGUUACCGAGAUCAUAGGCACCGGCAAAGUCGACCUCGGCUUCAAGGCCAUGAUUCACACUCUUGCCGCCAAGGCUCGCGACUUCCCCGUUCUCUCCAUCGGCAGUCUCCUCGACGAGCCCUUCACCGGCGUUGUCUACCUCAAGGACUCGGGCAUCACUACCGACUUCCGCUCCCUCAAGGGCAAGCGCAUCGGUUAUGUCGGCGAGUUCGGCAAGAUCCAGAUCGAUGAGCUGACCUCGCACUAUGGCAUGACGCCCGACGAGUACACCGCCGUGCGCUGCGGCAUGAACGUCUCCAAGGCCAUCAUUGAAGGCACCAUUGACGCCGGCAUCGGUCUGGAGAACGUCCAGAUGGUCGAGCUGGAGGAGUGGCUUGCCGCUCAGGACCGCCCCAAGACGGAUGUGCAGAUGCUUCGCAUCGACGAGCUCGCCGAGCUGGGGUGCUGCUGCUUCUGUACCAUCUUGUAUAUCGGCAACGAAUCAUUCAUCGCUGAGAACCCGGACAAGGUGCGCAAGUUCAUGAGGGCCGUCAAGAAGGCGACGGACUUUGUGUUGGAGGACCCAGAGCAGGCUUGGAAGGAGUAUGUUGACUUCAAGCCUGUCAUGGGCUCCGACCUGAACCGCAAGAUCUUUGAGCGUAGCUUUGCCUACUUCUCGCACGAUCUGAAGAAUGUCCAGCGCGACUGGACCAAGGUUACCAAGUAUGGCAAGAGGCUUGGGGUCUUGGACGAGAGCUUCAAGCCCAACUACACCAACGAGUUCCUCGAGUGGACUCUUGAUGAGGACUCCACGGACCCUACUGGGGACCAGAAGAGGAUGGUUGAGCUGCAGAAUGAGGUUUCUUGCCGUGGCGGCUUCCGUCGCUUGAAGCUUCAGUCUGCUGUCAAGGCUUAAAGUUACC